AUGAGGAGGGAGAACAAGAGCAGCGUGCCUGAGUUCCUCCUCCUGGGGUUCCCCAUCCAGCCAGAGCAGCAGGGAGUGUUCUUUGCCCUGUUCCUGGGCAUGUACCUGACUACGGUGCUGGGGAACCUGCUCAUCAUCCUGCUCAUCAGGCUGGACUCCCGCCUCCACACCCCUGUGUACUUCUUCCUCAGCCAAUUGGCCCUCUCUGAUAUUUACCUUUCAUCUAUUAUAGUUCCAAAGAUGCUCAUGAACAUGCAGACUCAGCAACAAUCCAUUCACUAUGUGGGGUGCAUUUCUCAGAUGUAUUUUUUCAUACUUUUUGGUUGUCUCGACAACUUCCUUCUUGCAGUGAUGGCAUAUGACAGGUAUGUGGCCAUCUGUCAGCCACUCCACUACACCACUGUCAUGAGGCAGGAACUGUGUAUCUCAUUAAUAGCUGGGUCCUGGUUCUUCUCUUGCAUUCAUGCCCUGUUGCACACCCUGCUCUUGGUCCAAUUAUCCUUCUGUGCUGAUAAUACCAUCCCCCACUUCUUCUGCGACAUCACUGUGCUCCUGAAGAUGAGCUGCUCAGACAUCUCUCUCAACGAGCUGGUCAUCUUUACUGAAGGAGGAGUGCUUUUCAUCCUGCCCUUUAGUAGUAUCUUGGGCUCAUAUGUCUGCAUAGGGACAACUGUCCUGAGGAUCCCCUCUACUAAGGGACUUUUUAAAGCCUUUUCUACCUGUGGCUCCCAUCUUUUUGUGGUGUCUUUAUAUUAUGGGACACUUGCUUGUGUUUACUUUUUCUCCACAUCAUGGGACUUCAGUGACAAAGACAUAAUUGCUUCAGUCAUGUAUACAGUAGUUACCCCUAUGCUGAACCCCUUCAUCUAUAGCCUGAGGACCAAAGAUAUAAAACAGGCCCUAGAAAUCUUUGUCAAGAGGGCUAACUUUUAA